UCUAGGCGCAGCUGCAGCGCCGGCGCUAGUGGCCCCCGAUCUCUCUCUCUCCCCUUCGGCGUCCACGAGCAGCUGCCGCGCCGCCGCCGCAAAGCCAGAGCGCAGCCCCUCCGCUGCUUGAGUUGGCUUGAAGUGCUCUGGUUCGCGAGGAUGCCGAAGGCUGCGGGGGAUGCCAAGCUCCUGUUCCAGUCCCUGAACAAGGCCUAUGCCGCCACGCCCACGAACCUCAAGAUCAUUGACCUGUAUGUGGUUUUCGCCAUGGCGACUGCCCUUGUUCAGGUUGUUUACAUGGGAGUAGUUGGGUCAUUUCCCUUCAACUCGUUCCUCUCAGGUGUCCUGUCGUGCAUAGGAAGUGCAGUUCUUGCUGUGUGCCUCCGUAUUCAAGUCAACAAUGACAACAAGGAAUUCAAGGAUUUUCCUCCAGAAAGGGCCUUUGCAGACUUCGUCCUGUGCAACCUGGUGCUCCACCUGGUGAUCAUGAACUUCCUCGGAUAAGCCACUGCCCUAGGAGUUUCCGAGAUUUUGUAGUGUCCUAAUGUUUGAGACUGUCAUCAUGUUAGAUAUUCAUGUGGUGUCACACAACUGUCUGCGUGAUCAGAGAGUUUCUCUAUGUGCUAUAAUAAUUUUGUGGAUUUAGCAUUAACAAUGUAUGAAAAUGAGAACUUCAUUUCUUUUGAGGGGGUGAAACUGGCAAGAUCACUUCAAUAUGAUCAUUGUUCUUUACUA